AUGAGUACUGAACAGGUUGGUAGAAAGAAGUCGUAUAGGUGGGUUAGCGCAUCACAAGCCAGUUAUGACGGUGCUGGAUGGGACAGUAGUGACGAAUAUAAUUACUCCUCCGAUGAUAGCACGAAAGAGGCUGGAAAUCAUAAACAGAGGGUCUCAAAAUUACCCAGUCUGCCCAAACUCAAUUAUACGGAUGUUAGCCAUAAUGAGAGUGUUAAUGAGGGAAAAGCCGGUGAUGAUAACGAUAUGAGCAAGGCCAGCAUUGUCCAUAGUGAUAGAGAAGCAGGCGGGUUUUCGGAUGAGGUACGUAGUUUGAUUGGUUCAGGCGAGUCGGUAGUCUCACAGACGAAAAAGCGUAGUGACCCCUCUAAGCCGGAUUAUCUUUCAUCAACAACAUCUUUGAAAAGCCCAAAUGAAAAUAAGAAACCACCACAUGCCAAUAGAGCUGUAAAUGAAGACCUAGAUAAUUUAAUUGAGCAGAUAUCAAGGGAAAUGACUCCAGAAAUGAGGCAGACAUCUGAUUUUCAGCGUGAUUCAGAUAGUUGCGACGAAAGUGAAGAACCAUCACAUAAGCCAGCACCUAUCUCGCCAUCUCUUGUAGCAGAAAAUUCACAAAGUCCCCACCGAAAUUACGAAGACGUUGAAGCAAAUCCUAAUGAGAACAGCAUAUCUUUGAAUCUGCCGACAGGAGAUGAAAAUGACAGUGAAAGUAAAAAGGUGGAUGUCUUUGAGCAAGAAGAAGACGAGUUUAAAGUGUCCAAAACAGGAUAUCUUGCAAAUAUGCUGUCUUCGGAGCAAGAGGAACAAUCAGAACAAGAAGAUGGUCCUAAAAUCGAGAAUGCAGAUAUUUCAGAAGAAAAAGGAAAUAGCGAAGAGGAAGAGAGUGUUGGGAGUAGAAACUCUACCGAAUUUUAUGAUACAUCUACUAAACAGCUCCAGAUAGAGGAACCAAAAGAAACAGCGAGGGAAGCAAAACUUACUGACGAUGGAUAUCGCAACUCUUUCUUCAACGACUAUCAGCAUUCGUCAGAUUCUGAAAAGGAUGCUAAAGAGGAAGACAACACUAAUGAUGUAGGCGGUGCUAGAUCGCUACCGAUUUUAGACGAGGAUUCUGGUAUAAACCAACAGUCGAAACAACCUGAUACAAUGGCUGACGAUGCCCUUUCGUAUACUGAAUCUAUAAACUAUUCUGUGAAUGAUGAUGCAAAGGAAGAAGAAAAAGAAGAUGAUAAAUCUGCCGAGAAUGACAAUGAAGAUGCAAAUGAUUACAAAUUUUCCAAUAGGGGAAGAGAUUCUAUGCUGCUUACGAGUGAUGAGGAGGAGGAAGAAGUUGGUAUGAAUUCCGAUUCGGAUGAGGGUAGCUUAAAGGCUUCCAAGUCAGGUUACUUUUCCAAAAUUAUUGAUAAUGAUGACGAGGAUUCAAGCCAUGGUGAUAAGGAAAAAGUAACAUUGGAACACAAUCAAGCAAAAAAUCACGAAAAUAAAAAGUUGGAAAAUAGUGAUGUUGAGUCAGAAAACCAUGAGGGGAGCGAUGAGGAAAAUAAUGUACAUGAAGACGAAGACUUGAGAGAAAAUCCAGCAGAAGAAUCAACUGAUGUUGACUCUUGGAAACCGGAUAGUGAAGCCUUGCGAUCAGGGUUUGUACAGGAUACGGCAAGUAAGAAAGCCCCACCCGGAUACGUGAUUGACUCCAAUGGUAAGUUAGUAGAUUUAACGCCUGCUAGUAUGAAACCACGUGUGGUGUCCACGUACUCGGAAAUGGAAAGUACAUGGGAUGCAUUCCCUUCCAAAGGAGGAGAUGAUGAUUUGGAGACUAUUGGGGACACUAAAACCAUAUAUGAUAAUAACACGAUUUAUAAUGUUCCUGGUCUGAUUGGUAAUCAAUCGAACUUACCACCUCUACCGACGAAUGCACAUGAACAAUUGAAUGCAGAGAGCGGGAACAACACGACAGAUAAUGGUAAUAUCAACAACAAUGCCAAUGGUCAAGCGGUACGCAAUGCAUCUGUGAAAAGCGAUAACAGAGGAAUAUCACAAGGUGAAAUUACCAGUGUUUAUGAGCCCAGUUCCAAGGAAAUGGCGAAAUUGGGGCAACAGAAUAAUCUGCCCAAGUUAGAUGUGAAUAAAUUAUUGAACAGUAAAACAUCGCACGCAGGUAAGAUGGAUCAACUGAGGAAUUACAAGCGUGAAUUAGAUGAAUACGAUACGGGGAUACAAACAUGGAUAAACUACACCUUAAAGUCAUCCUCCAAUAAGGACAAGGAUUUCAUAGCAGAGGAGUAUAAGCAACACAUGCAUGUUAGAGAAGCAUACGCGAAUGCUGACGACUUGAGCAAGAAGCAUACUGUUAUAAAUACGGUUGCUAGCGUCAACCAGAACGUUACACAUUUAAGAAGGAAAGUUUUCCAGCAUUCUAUGAAGCCAAAAGAUCUGUUUGCGUCAAUAGGUAAGAAAAAAUUGUAA